AUUGCACCUUGAGCUGUAGUAAUGAUGAGACGCCUCCUCCUUAUCAGUACCAACACUGACAUGACUGGAGACGUGGGCAGUCCGCUACUGUCUGUUUCGCUCCUGAUGUGAAGCGUACAGGGAUGUGAACGAGUGAGUUACACCAGCAGCAAUGUCGUACUGGUAAAUUCGGCAGGAUUCAAGCCGCUAAUAUGAGCGACAGAGCCGAGAUAAGAGGCCCCGUAACCCGCCGGAGGAGAACCACGAUCUCUGGCGGCGGAGGAGCGGUCGGCGUCAAACAAGCCAACGGGAGCAAGCGUGAAGAUGCCGGGGAGAAGCCCCCACAGUAUCCCGCUACAGCAGACGAGGUGUCUAGACAUGAUGCAAGCAACAACGGGAAGUUGGGCAGAGAGAAAGGGGAUCUCUCUGGCAGUCCGCGAAAACAGAGGACUGUGGUGGAAGACAUCAACCAGAGACUCAGCUGUCACGUCCUCCAAGAGUCUCUCCUGAGUUCAGCCAGUGGCUACAGCAACUACAGAGGAAUCCUCAACUGGUGUGUGGUCAUGCUGGUGCUCAGUAAUGCACGUCUCUUCCUUGAGAACAUAAUAAAGUACGGUAUCUUAGUGGAUCCUAUCCAAGUGGUGUCUCUCUUCCUAAAGGACCCUUAUAGCUGGCCUGCAGCUUGCCUCAUCAUUGUGUCCAAUGUGUUCAUCUUAGCAGCCUUAUACACAGAGCGACGUCUGGCUGUGGGUACCAUUUCUGAAACAACAGGACUGAUACUUCACAUUUUCAACCUGUCAUCCCUGUUGAUCUUCCCUUCAGCUUCUGUACUCACUGUAGAUUCUAUAACCCCAGUGGGUGGUGUGCUUUCCCUAGGGGUCUACACAGUGUUGUUUCUCAAGCUGUACUCCUACCAAGACACCAACAAGUGGUGCAGAGAAAUCAGGCAUGCGAAAGCCAAGAGACUAACACGGUCAUACUCAUGUCCGAAUGUGGCACAAUCCAAUGGAUCAGCAGUUCAUUCUCUUGUCUCCUACCCAGGCAACCUGACACACAGAGACAUGUACUACUUUGUCUUUGCCCCAACUCUGUGCUAUCAGCUCAACUUCCCUCGGUCGCCUCGAAUACGCAAAAGAUUUUUGAUAAGAAGACUUCUUGAAAUGCUUUUCUUCAUCCAGCUGUUGGUGGGAUUGAUACAGCAGUGGAUGGUCCCCACCAUACAGAACUCAAUGAAACCAUUCCAGGAAAUGGACUUUUCUAGGAUGGUUGAGCGCCUCCUAAAGUUAGCAGUCCCUAACCAUCUGAUAUGGUUAAUAUUCUUCUAUUGGUUUUUUCACUCCUCUAUGAACUUUGUGGCAGAGCUGCUGCAGUUUGGAGACAGAGAGUUCUACAGAGACUGGUGGAACUCUGAGACUGUCACGUAUUUUUGGGCCAACUGGAACAUCCCAGUUCACAAGUGGUGUCUGAGACACUUUUAUAAGCCUAUGCUGAAAAAGGGGAUCAACAAGUUUCUGGCUCAAACAGCGGUCUUCCUUGUGUCAGCCUUCUUUCAUGAGUACCUGGUGAGUGUUCCCCUGAAGAUGUUCAGACUGUGGGCCUUUAUGGGAAUGAUGGCACAGGUCCCUCUGGCUUGGUUUGUGGGUCGGUUCCUGAAUGGAAACUAUGGCAACGCCGCCGUGUGGAUAUCACUCAUCAUCGGCCAGCCCGUUGCUGUGUUGAUGUACGUCCACGACUACUAUGUCAUUCACUACGGGGGCGCCACAUAAUACUGGACAAAAACAGUCGCACACAUUUACACGUACAAGUCAUGUUGUAUACACGCACACAGACACACACCAGCCUGCAGGAGGACUCUGAAGAGAUGCAGAGCACGCAAAGGUGAUUAUAGUAGAAAGUUCUGCUAGUGUGAACCUGUGAGUAAACGGCAGGGAACUAAUGUUUGACUUGUCUUUGCACUAAAGAGAAUUAUACCGCAGACUGUCAGGAAAUAAUUCAACAUGAGAAGUGUUUGUUUAAAGAAUUAUUUCACUUCAGCUUUGUAGGCGCCCUAACUGUUCCAAGAGUUCUGAAUAUCUUUAUCCAGUGUUUGAACAUUUCAGCUUUGAACGAAUUAUUCCGUCCCCAUGUUAAAUUUGAAUUUAUCUUCCACUCAAACAAAAGUAAAUGUGUGGUGCUAAGAUCUCCCAAAGUGGGCAGUAUAGUUGGUAGGUGAUUUCUAAGCCCAAACUAAGGUUAAAUACACCAAAUAAAACUUUUGUACUUGACUUCAGAAGCACUUUAAUGCAUUGAAAAGUGGAAACGCUGCUUUAAACCGUGCACUUCAUGAGUUUUGGGUAAUGCACAAACCUUCCAAUGUAACAGUUGUGAAACACUGCCGAGUGAGUGCAAGCCAGAACAGGACCAAUAUGAACGUUUGUUUUCCCACAUCAGUGGUCGAGAAGUCACUUUCUUACUCGUACCCAGGAGCAACUGAGAAGUCAAAUGAAGAGCGUGUUUCUACAUGUUGAGGCUUUUUAGGAUGUCUCCAGGUCUACAAUCUGACCACAGACAUAGUUUUCCAUACAUGUAUGUUGUACAUAUUACAUGUAUCCCCUUUAGCAAUGAGGUUGAGUAUUACAGAAACGUAUCAGAAGUUGAUUUGACAAAAUGAAAAAUAGCAAAGAAAAUAAACCAAACUAAGAGUUGGAGGAAUGAAGCCGUAGAGGCAAAGUGAACAGGGAAAUAGAUUUUGUUGUGACCUUAUUUUUUACAGCUGUGAACCUUUGUACAGACUCUCCCUCUCGGCUGUACAUCAAUGCAAGCUCUUUGUGUCAGAGUGCACGCUACAGGUGUGUUGUUUGCCUUGGCUUUAUUGUCUCUGAGAUGCAUUUUACUUAUCAGAUGUUUUACUUUGUGCUUCAUAUAAUUUUAUGUAUGGGUAGGACUGUAUGCUGUUAUGUUGUGCCAACUUGAAAUUAUUUUAUUUUUUUAUAUUAUGGUUCUCUUUUAUGUUAAAUCCAUGCAGUAGUUAAUUUACUAUUGUGAACCAGUGAAUGUUUUUUUCUUUCUUUUUUGCACUUUAAAGAGAUGCAUGCUGUUAACUAAAGCAAUAUAUUUCUAUGAAUGAGUUUAAGUUAAAUCAAUCAUGAGGGAAUUAUUUUUAAAUGAUUGCAUUUUUUGUAGUUUCCUUAGUUAAACUUUGUUGAUAAAUAGAGCUAUAAGCUGUUUCUUCAUUUGACCUGAAUAUAAAGUUUCUGGAGCCCAGCUGUGCUGUCAAUAACACUAUGAUCGUAUAAAAAGUGAAUACCAGAUGAAGUUAUUGAAUUGAACUUUUUAAGAUUUUAAUAUGCUUUUCAAAUACACGAUAGCUAACAGAAAAUACGAAAUCAAAGCCCUUUAGCUACCACUAUGAUGCUGAAAUGAAUAAGUGCCUACAGGGACAAUAUAUUAACACUGUAAAAAAAAAAAAAGAGUUUGUAGAUAAACAUGAAUUCAGAAAGUAAAGACAAAAAAUAAGACUUGAGAUUUUUCUUUAUCCUUUCCUUUUAAGCCAAUAGAUUUAAAAUAUAAUUAUUAUUUGGGAGAGUAUGAUUAUUGUCUUUAUGAAACCGAACUCUGCCAUAUGACACCACUUAUGGAAGCAGUACUUGACAUGACUACUUAAAUCCAAAUAUUCCUGUGGAUAAGAGCAGCUCUGAUCUCUUCUUAACAAUAAUGACCCAGUUUAAAAUCAGAGAAUGUAAGUGAAGGCAGGAGAUGUAGCAAUAAUGUGUGAAGAACUGUAACAUUACAUUAAUCAAUGACAACUUAUUUAACUCAAUGCAGUAGGCUGCUGUCUGGGCGGCAGCUGGUCUGAGUUGAAAAAGUGCUGUUAAUAAAGUGCAAACAAUUAAAGGUGAAAUGAAUUAAAUCAGUAAGUAGAAAAUGCUGACAUCAUUCAAUGGAAAAAGUCAAACAAUAAGCAUGCUAAGGCAGAAACGUCUAGCACGCUGCAGGGCUCCAAUAUUUAAGACAAUAUAACUCACCAAGGUAGUGGCAUUUUGUUGUCUGGAAUACUGGAGCCCUGCAGUGUGUAAGCCCUUUUUACCUUAGUGAGCUCACUGUGAUAUUCUUACUCAACUCAGCACCUGCCCUCUUUGGUUUGGAUGUGAGAGUUACUCCAUUUUUUUGUACAGAAGUCAAACAAUGCAAAGAGAUUGUAAGAUAAGUCACAUUUGUGAAAACUCUUCUAGGAAUAUGCUGUUUCUUUAUCAAUUUUUGUUUUAUGUCAACAUAAGUUUCAGCACUUCCUGUUCCCAUGAUGUCACCGCACUGAGUCUGCUCCCAGAGUAUGAUUUGAAAAUGCAGCUUUGAGUUGAACUGUCUUUAGAGAGUUGCUAUUUGUCUGUGGCCUAUCAUGUGAUGCAGCAUUUAUUGAAUAAAUGUGCUGCUGUUGUGUUUAUACAGUAUAUAGAACUCCAAACUGAAACAAUGAUUACAUGUUUUGAGAAUGCAAAUGAUUUUCACAGCCCUUUGCUUGAAUUUAUUUGUGGUGUUGGAUAAAGAUUAUUUAUAUUUGAUGAAUGGCCUCAAUUGCAAUUAUUUUUAUUUAAUAAAGAAACCUUCAACAGA